GCGAAUCAGUUUCAGUUGUCAGUUCGCAUCCAACUAGAAAGCAGUUAACGAGUAGUCUGUGUUUUUUCGCUUGCGGUUAAAAGCCACGAGCUUAAGCAAAACCGCCGCCCAGCAACAACAAGAAAACCACUUAAUGAGUGUGUGUGUGUGAGCAGAAAAUUAUGCCAACAGAAUUCUAAAAAAAAUAUAUGUAUAUAUUUAAAUAACCACUAAAAAUCAAGAAAUCCGCACAAGUUUCGCUCAAAACAACAACACAAUCAUAUAUACUACCCAUAAAACAAACAAACCCAUAAAAAAGUGCAAAGCAACCAGGAAAAUAAAGUAAAACAGUGCCAGUUAACAACAGCGAACGGCGAUCAACAAAUCCCACCGGCAAAAUCAACAAUUUUCUAAAUCGCAGUCAACAAGGAGCAACAAAUUAGCCAGCGAUUUCCCGUUGCGAACAUUUGGCUGAUAAAAGAUUUAUCGCGAAGCUUCUCCAUUCGCUUCGAUAUCUUUUGGGCUGGCGAGGAUUGCUUGAAGAGCCGCAAAGCUGCAACUGCACAACGACCUUUUCUACCCCAUGAUGGACGGCUACGCGCAGGAAUGGCCCCGGCUGACCCACACAGACAACGGCCUGGCCAUGGACCAGCUGGGCGGGGAUCUGCCCCUGGACGUGGGCUUCGAGCCACAGACCCGGGCCAGAUCCAACACAUGGCCAUGUCCGCGUCCCGAGAACUUUGUGGAGCCCACCGACGAGUUGGACAGUACAAAGGCCAGCAAUCAGCAGUUGGCCCCAGGAGACUCACAGCAGGCUAUACAGAAUGCGAAUGCAGCCAAGAAGAACUCAUCGCGUCGCAAUGCAUGGGGAAAUCUAUCCUAUGCGGAUCUCAUCACGCAUGCCAUUGGAUCGGCCACCGACAAACGACUGACUCUUAGCCAGAUUUACGAGUGGAUGGUCCAGAAUGUGCCAUAUUUCAAGGACAAGGGCGAUUCGAAUAGCAGUGCUGGAUGGAAGAACUCCAUACGUCACAAUCUGUCGCUGCACAACCGCUUUAUGAGGGUCCAAAACGAGGGCACCGGCAAGUCCUCCUGGUGGAUGCUGAACCCGGAGGCCAAGCCCGGCAAGUCUGUGCGCCGUCGUGCCGCUUCCAUGGAGACGUCCCGGUACGAGAAGCGGCGCGGCAGGGCCAAGAAGCGGGUGGAGGCACUGCGUCAGGCGGGUGUGGUGGGCCUCAACGAUGCCACGCCCUCGCCCAGCAGCAGCGUCAGCGAGGGGCUGGACCACUUCCCCGAGAGUCCGCUCCACAGUGGCGGUGGCUUCCAGUUGUCGCCCGAUUUCCGGCAACGCGCCUCAUCCAAUGCCAGUUCCUGCGGACGCCUGAGCCCCAUUAGGGCGCUGGAUCUCGAGCCCGACUGGGGUUUCCCCGUCGACUACCAGAACACAACGAUGACGCAGGCCCACGCCCAGGCGCUCGAGGAGCUGACGGGCACCAUGGCGGAUGAGCUGACGCUGUGCACCCAGCAGCAGCAAGGGUUCAGUGCCGCCUCGGGACUCCCCUCGCAGCCCCCGCCCCCGCCCUACCAGCCGCCACAGCAUCAGCAGGGGCAGCAGCAGCAGCAGUCGCCCUACGCCCUCAACGGCCCCGCCCCCGGCUACAAUACGCUGCAGCCGCAGUCGCAGUGCCUGCUGCACCGGUCCCUCAACUGCAGCUGCAUGCACAAUGCAAGAGAUGGUCUCUCGCCGAACUCAGUAACCACAACAAUGUCGCCCGCCUAUCCAAACAGCGAGCCCUCCUCGGACUCCCUGAACACGUACAGCAACGUGGUGCUCGAUGGUCCGUCGGACACUGCCGCACUGAUGGUGCAACAGCAGCAGCAACAGCAGCAGCAGCAACAAAUGUCCACCAGCUUGGAAGAUAAUAACUGCGCCUCUACUUUGAUAGGACAAUGCCUGGAGGUGCUCAACAACGAGGCGCAGCCGAUAGACGAAUUUAAUCUGGAGAACUUUCCCGUGGGCAAUCUCGAGUGCAAUGUCGAGGAGCUGCUGCAGCAGGAGAUGAGCUACGGCGGCCUGCUGGACAUCAAUAUACCGCUGGCCACGGUCAACACGAACCUGGUCAACAGCAGCAGUGGGCCCCUGAGCAUCAGCAACAUUAGCAACCUCAGCAACAUAAGCAGCAAUACCGGCAGCAGUCUCAGUCUGAAUCAGCUGCAGGCUCAGCUGCAACAGCAGCAGCAGCAGGCGCAGCAACAGCAACAGCAGCAGGCGCAGCAGCAACAACAGCAGCAUCAGCAGCACCAGCAACAGUUGCUGCUGAAUAAUAACAACAACAGCAGCAGCAGCCUGGAAUUGGCAACACAAACGGCUAGCACAAAUCUGAAUGCCCGGGUGCAGUACUCGCAGCCCAGCGUGGUGACCUCGCCACCAUCCUGGGUCCACUAGAUGCACCAGGGGAUCGAUCGUAAUCCCAAUCCCUGGGACGAUCGUUAGCCGGUGGUAGUCGUCGUUGUUGUGUGUGUGCGUGUGUGUUGUUUGUGUCGCCAUUGGAACGCUUUAAACGCUAAUUCUAAGAACCGUAGUGUAAAGAGUUGUAAGCAGCCGCAGAUGGUUGGGAAACUGGAAACGAGGAUGCUGAUGCGGAGUCGGUGUCUUUAUCGGGUAUGCAGCAGCUGCAGGAUCAGUGAGCAGAAAGCAGGAGCCGCAGCUGGACCGCCACUAAAAAGUUUACAAAGAUAAAUCUGGUCGCUUCUAAUCUAACAUACAUACAAUACAUAUACAUAGAUAUAUAACUACAAAUAUAUAGUUAUGCAUUACACAUAGAAACGAAGCAUACAAAUAAUACCAAUUAAUCACCAAUAAUUAGAUGCUACAAUUUGUGAAGUUCUCUGAGUGGCAGAAAGUUGAGAAAACAUCUUUGGCCACCAAUGAAGGGAAAUUUGAAUUGAAUUGAAAACACGGUUUAGUUAUUAGGUUCAACUUUGUACAUAUUAAUUUUAAUAACCUUGACGUAAUGAAACCCACAAAUAAUAAUAAUACUUCUACUGAUAAUAAACAACAAGAAACAGCGUAAAACGUAAACUAAAUGUUCGAUAACUAACUGGAAUAAUAUUUGCUAGCCAGCAGUCAUCGAGGAAAAUAGAAACAAGAAAUCGGCAACAGAAAAUAUAAAUGAAAAACAAAAGAAAUUAGCACAAUUAUGUAAUAAUUAAUGCUUAAUUAAUGUAUUUAAUUGAAGGUCUAAUUGUAAUUGUAUAUUUUUUUCUAUAAAGAGCAAAGAAAACCCUUAAAGAAGAAUACAACUUGUGUAAAAAUUAUGCUUAAGAUUCGCAAUGAUAUACGUAAUAAAUUCUCCGAUUAGUUAGCACACAUCAGAUCAGCUCGGCUUUGAAAAUAAAACCCUUUGUUACAUAAAUUUGCCAACAUCCAUAUGUAGAUCGUAGACCUAUAACAAAGAUUUGAGUGUUAUACAAUUAAUUUCAAAUAUUAGUAAAUGUAAAUGUUGAUAGGCAAAAGAGAAAUACAAAAUUAUAACAGAAUACCCACAAAACUCAAAAACCCAGCAGAACUAAAAGCAUAAAGUAAUAAGCAAAUACAUGCGCAUCAUUGUGUACUAUUAUGGGCUAAAUGUUAAUUAUUAACUAGAUUGUACAAUUCAAAUGUAGUUCAUACUAUUUAAAAUGCAAAAACGGAGUGAAGAUGAAUAAACUGAUGAUUCAAUAUAAG